AUGGCUACUCAAGUACUUCCUUCAGCUCCACCUCCAGAAGAUCCAAAAGAAAAAUUAUUACCAGGUGAACACACCUUACCUGCAAGUUGGUGGACUAGUGAGAAGAUAUUUGAUUUAGAGAAAAGAGCUAUCUUCAAUAAGAGUUGGUUAUUUUGUACUCAUGCUUCAAGAUUUUCAAAAGCUGGAGAUUAUUACACCUUCACUUUCACUGGAUUAAAUUUCUUUGUUAUUAAAUCCAAAACUGAUGGUAAAAUUAAAGCUUUCCAUAAUGUUUGUCGUCAUAGAGCUUACCCAGUUUUAAAGAAAGAAAAAGGUAGUACCAUUGUUAUGGGAUGUAAAUACCAUGGGUGGUCUUAUAAUACUGAUGGGAAAUUAACCAAAGCCCCACACUUUGAUAGUGUUGAAGGUUUUAAUAAAGAUGAAAAUUCUUUGUUCCCUAUUAAAACUCAUGUUACUGAACAAGGCUUAGUUUUUGUUAAUUUUAGUAACGAGAAUGUUAUGCCAUUCGAUGAAUGGUACCAAGGUUUGAAUGUGGAGUUGAAUGAAUUUGAUUUCAGUGAUUAUGAAUAUCAUAUGUCUUAUGAAUUAGAUGGUCAAUUUAACUGGAAAACUCUUAUGGAUGGUUACCAAGAAUGUUAUCAUUGCCCUACAGCUCAUCCAGGUUUAUCCAAAGCUUUCAAAAUGGAAACUUAUAAAGUUGUUCCAAAAACAAGAUACUGUAGACAUUAUGCUACUAUUGUUAAAGAAGAAGAACCUGCCGAACCUGAAGAACCUGUAAAGGAAGGAUGGUUUGGAAGAGGUAAAAAGCAACCUACCGAAGAACCAAAACCAAAAAAGAAAAACGUCGGUGGUGAGUUUAAUGGUUUAUGGGUAUAUUUAUUCCCAACUAAUGGUAUUAACUGUUAUUCACCAGCUUGGUAUUCUAUUAGAGUUUUACCAAUCAGUGCUUCUCAUACUAUCUUACAAUAUGAUAUUUAUACCAAGAAAGGUUUAGAUGAUGCCACUAAAAAAGAAUUCGUUGAUUUCUUACAAUUAGUUGAACUUGAAGAUUUCAACUUAUGUCAAUUAACUCAAAAGAAUUUAAACCAAGGAGUUUAUUCUUCAGGUUACUUACACCCAACCAAAGAAAGAGGAGUUUUAUUCUAUCAAAACUUAACUAGGGAUAUGGUGAAGGAACAUUUCAAAAAAGAGGAAGAAUUAGGAAGACAAAUUAAUCCAGCAUUUGUUGGUAAGAAAUCAGAUAAUGCUGAAACUCAAGAAUUGGAUGAAAUUUGUAAUAAAUUAGAAUGUGGUACUGAUUCUCCUAAAGAAUUACAAUGGUAA